UGGGAGUUGGAGAGCUGAGAGCGGAGCUUGAAACUGACUGGAAACUUAAGUGGCGCCGCGACUUGCCAGUUUUACCCCCAGGAACUUUUCUUUGCAGGAGGACAAGAGAAAGGGUGCAACCGCCCCCUGCUUUUUGCUCUCUUUCUUCUCCUCCUCCUCUCCAAUUCGCCUUUCCCCACUUGGAGCGGGCAGCUGCGGGCUGGCCACCGCGCGCCUUCCUAAAAGCUCGCCGCUGCAGCCGAGUGACGCGCCAGGCUUCCCGGGAGCCGCUCGCCCCGCGUCCGGGCAGCCGAGGGGAGAGGAGCCCGCGCCUCGAGUCCCCGAGCGGCCGCGGCUUCUCGCCUUUCCCGGCCACCCGUCCCCUGCCCCGGGCCUGCGUAUGAAUCUCCUGGACCCCUUCAUGAAGAUGACCGACGAGCAGGAGAAGGGCCUGUCCGGCGCCCCCAGCCCCACCAUGUCCGAGGACUCGGCGGGCUCGCCCUGCCCUUCAGGCUCCGGCUCGGACACAGAGAACACGCGGCCCCAGGAGAACACGUUCCCCAAGGGCGAGCCGGACCUGAAGAAGGAGAGCGAAGAGGACAAGUUCCCCGUGUGCAUCCGCGAAGCCGUCAGCCAGGUGCUCAAGGGCUACGACUGGACGCUGGUACCCAUGCCGGUGCGCGUCAACGGUUCGAGCAAGAAUAAGCCGCACGUCAAGCGGCCCAUGAACGCCUUCAUGGUGUGGGCGCAGGCGGCGCGCAGGAAGCUGGCGGAUCAGUACCCGCACCUGCACAACGCGGAGCUCAGCAAGACUCUGGGCAAACUCUGGAGACUGCUGAAUGAGAGCGAGAAGCGGCCCUUCGUGGAGGAGGCGGAGCGGCUGCGCGUGCAGCACAAGAAGGACCACCCGGAUUACAAGUACCAGCCGCGGCGGAGAAAGUCGGUGAAGAACGGCCAGGCGGAGGCCGAGGAGGCCACGGAGCAGACGCACAUCUCUCCCAACGCCAUCUUCAAGGCGCUGCAGGCCGACUCGCCGCACUCCUCCUCGGGCAUGAGCGAGGUGCACUCUCCCGGCGAGCACUCGGGGCAAUCCCAGGGUCCACCAACGCCACCCACCACCCCCAAAACCGACGUGCAGCCAGGCAAGGCUGACCUGAAGCGAGAGGGGCGCCCCCUGCCAGAGGGGGGCAGACAGCCCCCCAUCGACUUCCGCGACGUGGACAUCGGCGAGCUGAGCAGCGACGUCAUCUCCAACAUCGAGACCUUCGACGUCAACGAGUUCGACCAGUACCUGCCGCCCAAUGGCCACCCGGGGGUGCCGGCCACGCACGGCCAAGUCACCUACACGGGUAGCUACGGCAUCAGCAGCACCGCGGCGACCCCGGCGGGCGCGGGCCACGUGUGGAUGUCCAAGCAGCAGGCGCCUCCGCCGCCGCCGCCGCCCCCGCAGCAGCCGCCGCCCGCCCCGCCGGCCCCGCAGGCGCCCCCGCAGCAGCCGCAGGCGCCUCCGCAGCAGCCGCAGGCGCCCCCGCAGCAGCCGCAGGCGCACACGCUGACCACGCUGAGCAGCGAGCCGGGCCAGUCCCAGCGAACGCACAUCAAGACGGAGCAGCUGAGUCCCAGCCACUACAGCGAGCAGCAGCAGCACUCGCCGCAGCAGAUCGCCUACAGCCCCUUCAACCUCCCGCACUACAGCCCCUCGUACCCGCCCAUCACCCGCUCGCAGUACGACUACACAGACCACCAGAACUCCGGCUCCUACUACAGCCACGCGGCGGGCCAGGGCUCGGGCCUCUACUCCACCUUCACCUACAUGAACCCGGCGCAGCGGCCCAUGUACACCCCCAUCGCCGACACCUCCGGGGUCCCUUCCAUCCCGCAGACCCACAGCCCCCAGCACUGGGAACAGCCCGUCUACACACAGCUCACCAGACCUUGAGGAGACCUUAGACAAAGAGUGAUGAUGGCCCGUGAUGCGCAUAAAAGUAACCCACCGAAGAAAGACCUUAACCCACCAGAAUUUCCUUUGGACCUUUUUUUUUUUUCUUUUUUCUCUUUGUUUUUUAAAGACCUUGACACUAAAGGCAACUCGAACCCACAUUCCAAGACAGAAACAUUAGCUAUCCAAACGCAUUACCACCUUGUGGCGAGUCAGUGGCCAGGCCACUCUUGCUUGGCUAGAUGGACCAGCAGAACCGACAGGAACCUGGACUUGAAACCUUCCAAGCCCGCGUGGAGGAGGAUGGAGAUUCAGUGUGACCAGUUUGCUCAAUCUCUCUGCCUGUUUGGACUUUGUAAUUAUUUUUUAGCCGUAAUUAAAGAAAAAAGUCCUCUGUGAGGAAUAUUCUCUAUUUUAAAUAUUUUUAGUAUGUACUGUGUAUGAUUCAUUACCAUUUUGAGGGGAUUUAUACAUAUUUUUAGAUAAAAAAUUAAAUGUUCUUAUUUUUCCAACAAGCUAAACUACUUAGUUGAACAGUGUGCCCAGCUCUUCUUGCAACCAGAGUAUUUUUGUACAGAUUUGCUUUCUCUUACAAACAAACAAAAAGUGUGUGUGUGUGUCGUAUUAACCUACAAACCCCACAAAUGUGUGUUUUGUGAUCAGUUUGGGGGGAGGGGGGGUUAGCUUUGCUUAAUUCCUCAGGCUUUCUGAUUCCAAGGAGGAAUUGCCUUAGAAAGAAAAAAAUAAAGGCCUUACUUUGCAGAUGCGGACGCGAACAAUAAUAGUCUAGAGACCCAUUUGAUAAGGGUUAUAGAUAUAUGUUUUUUAAACAAGAGAAAACACCUUGAGCCUUAAAACCAUGCUGCUGGAAAAAAACUCGUGCCCUCUUUAUGUGCAUUUCCUCCUGUAUUUGCUUGUUUGCCCCCAAUCUUAAGAAAGAAGCAGAAGACAAGCAAAGGAGAUGAAAUCUGUUUGGGGAAUGUUUUAGCAGCCAAUAAGUGCCCCAGCACAGUGCCCCCUGGUUGCCCGCCGCCAGAGCCCCAUGUGGAACACAGAUGCUAGAGGCAGCUCACCUCCGCUGUCACUUCUGCCUCUCUGAACACCAGCAGUUAACCUUCCAGACAUGCCACGUGCUAAAAUUAUUUAUUUUGUAAGGAGAGGUUUUCAUGAAAAACAACAAAAAUUGCUCUUUUUUUAUUUUUUAAAUUUACCUUCUUGAAAAUAGGUUGUUGGAGCUGUCUGUCCUCAAAGGGUAUGGUGAUCUGUUGUUAAAUUAUGUCCUUAACUGUAACCAGUUUUUUUUUAUUUAUCUCUUUUAAUCUUUUUUUUUUAUUAUUAAAAGCAAGUUUCUUUGGAUGCCUUGUCCUAGAUUUGUAUAAAUGCCUUUUUGUCUGUCCUUUUUUUUUUUUUGUUUUGUUGCAAACAAACUGGAAACUUGUUUCUCUUUUUUUGUACAAAUGAGAGUUUGCAGAUGUAGUGUAUCACUGAGUCAUUUGCAGUGUUUUCUGCCACAGAUUUUUGGGCUGCCUAAACUGUGUGUGUGUGUGUGUGUGUGUGUGUGUGUGUGUGUGUGUGUGUGUGUAUUGACACAAAACAAAGCAAGCAUGUGUCAUGAGGUUCCCCUGCAUGUUCUCUUGGAGAGAGGGAGGAGGGGAAAAGAGUCAGCCCACUGACAGACCUUAAUUCUUCAUUACUUCUGUGGCUGGAGAGUUUGAGGAUUGCUUUUUAAAAAAGACAGCAAACUUUUUUUUUUUAUUUAAAAAAAAAGAUAUAUUAACAGUUUUAGAAGUCAGUAGCGUAAAAUCUUAAAGCACUCUUAUAAUACGGCAUCUUUCAAUUUCUGUAUAAAAGCAGAUCUUUUUAAAAAAAAAUAUUUCUGUAACUUAAGAAUCCUGGCAUUUAAACCAUAUUUUGUCUUUAGGUAAGGUUUGGUUUGUGUUUGUGUUUUGUUUGUUUCGCUUGUUCCCAACCCCCACCCCCCAACCUUUUGUUUUCUCUGUGAAACUUACCUUUGCUUUUUUCUCUUCCUUUCUUUUUUUUUGUAUAUUAUUGUUUACAAUAAAUAUACAUUGCAUUAAAAGGAAAA